CCGGCACCGGCUGCGGCCUUCCCCUCUGGACGCAGCUGGAGCGGCGGUUCGGCCAACGGCCCUGGAAACGGCCGGGAUUUGGGACAGUACAGAGCUCCAAACGCCCCCGGGAGCCCCUGCAGCAGUGCCUGGCGCGUGGAGCGAGGGGCUGUUAAAACUAAAAAGGAAAUUAUCGCGUAGAAAAAUGUCCCUGAUCUUAACCUGUGUGUUUAUGCUGCCGUUCAAGCCGUGACAGUCUGCAAUAGAAACAGAAGCUUUCUUGCUCUGUACCUCAGAACUGAGUUACCAGUAUAGUGACCAUACAGGAUGAAAAGAAAAGAAGUGCCCAUUUUUCAGAUGCCAAAGUAUGUUCUGUGAAACAGUAUUUUGCUGUGAAAAAUGAAAGAAUCUUUCUAGACACUGUUAAAGGUAGCUGAUGGACUUAGAAAAAUGCUUUGUUUGAGGCAAGUUUGCUUGUCUGCACUGAGACAUUACCAAGCCCGAACUCUGAGCAACGAUCUGCUUCUGAGCCAGAUAAAUAACUGUACCCAUGAAGAUGAAGUGUUCAGCCUUGUUGGCAAGAACAAGGCCAGGCUUUCUGAAAAGCAUGUGGGAAUUGCAUUGAAUGUGUUAUGGCAGUUGCAGAAGAAGAAGCCACUUCUCUCAAGGACUUCUGACUAUGUAAGAAAUCACUCCCAGUUUCUAACUCUUUGCUUUUUAGCAGAAAACAAAGUAGAACACAUGGAUAAUGAGGCAAUAGUGGACGCUCUGUAUAGUAUACUGAGGCUCAGUGUGGAAAGCCAUGAUUCCUUGGCAGGAGCGCUCGUUACAGAGGCGUGGAAAAGAUUGGAAAGCCUUAGUUUACCAGCUUUGUCUAAAUUUGCACUGUGUUUACACAAGCAGCGCAGACAUUUUAGUCCCCUAACUGGCAAAAUAGCACAUCUUGUGGACACAAAACUGGAUUACGUACAGGAUAUAAGGAUCUUGUCAGUUUUGAUGAUCAGUGUAUCUGGUGUCAUCUCACGGAGUUUUCAGGACCGAUUACUACAGAAGGUGGAACAACUAUUGGGAGAAGAAGUCCAUUUCAACUAUGCCAAAAGAAUUGUACAGUUUCUUCAACUUAGUAAACUGGCAUAUCCUUCUUUGCUAGAAAAAUGCAACAAGGUUUUCUUAAAAAGCACCUCUCAUCUUGAUUUAGACAAUAUUAGUCUUAUUUUUGGACUGUAUGAGCAGCUGGGUUUUGACAGUGCGGAGUUCCGCCUCAUUGCUAAACAGCUGCUGUCUGAAUCAAUAGAUGAUUACCAUGAUCCUGAAUCUUUUGCAAAAUUAUUUUUUGUUCUUGGGCCUAUGGCUGGGUCCAAGGUAAGAGAAAGGUUGCUAACAACUGCAGCACUCAUUGCAGAAGGAUUUAGCAGUCAUCAAGCAUUAGUGAUACUGAAGACAAUGCUGAAAAUGAAAUGUAGACAUUCUCACCUGCUUGAAAAAAUGGUUUCUGUUCUGCAUAGACACUUGGAUGGCUAUCACGUAUUGCAGUUGGUAAAGUUAACACAGUGCUUGGUGUUGUUGCAUUGCCAUGAUCAGGAGUUGUUUGCCAAGCUGAAAAUGUUGUUAUUUGGUUUUCUAAAAUCUAGUGUCAUACCUGCUGAUACUGCUGCAAUAAUUCGCACACUGGCCAUGCUUCCAUCCUCUCAAGUGGAGGAAAUCAUUAUAAACAAAGCAACAGCAGUUCUACCUCAGUGCAAACUCCAGAACCUCAGUUGCAUUGCUACAGCUCUUGUCAAAUGGAAUCAUUAUGACGAGUUGCAGUGGCAAAACACUUCUGAGCUACAUGCAAAGCUUCUGCAAAAACUGAAUGACUGUGGAUUUCAGAGACUUCAGGAAGCCAGGAACUUAAAUCUCCUGUUGGAAGAAUUUACACAUGUGAAUGGAGAGUGGUUGCAGGAAGUCAUCAGUGAGGAGGCUGUGGCUGCAUGUCGACGUUUGAUAGAUCAAGUAACAUGGGCAAAUGUGUUACAGUUGUCUGUUUUUCUCAUAAAAACAAACCAUCGCUGUCCUUCAUUACUUGACAGAAUAGCAUCUGUGACUGUUCAAAAUAUAAACAAGAUCCACCCACUGGAAAUGUAUUUCAUUCUCUAUCUUUUCUCUGUUCUGAACUAUGAUCCUCCUGCCAAUGAAGAGUUCUUUCAGAGUUGUAUCCAACAUCUGACUUCUAACUUGAGUUGUUUUGAAACUCAUCACUUGGUGCUGCUGGGUUACAUUUUGGCAGUGGCUGGGUAUUUUCCUCCAGCUCUCAUAAAGACAGUAUUUGAUGUUUCUUUCCUAAGCAGAUUGGAUGCUCAGCUUGAAGUCCUGUCUGAUACCUUGAGGCAGAGGGUCCGCUCACGGCUUAUGAAACUGAACAGAGCAGUCUGUCUGGAAUGUCCGGAGUUUCACAUCCCUUGGUUUCAUGAGCACUAUUUCCAGCGUGUCUCGUGUAAAGGCAUUAGCCGAAUAAAUCCACUGCGACAGCAUGUUCACAGAAUGCUGGCAGAGAUCUUAGGAGGGAGCCAUUAUGCAAGAGUAUCUGUUCUCACACCAUACUACUAUGAAAUAGAUUUUGAAUGCAUUCUGGAUAAAAAUAAAAAGCCUCUUUCUUACAUGGCUCAGGAUAUACUUCUGGAUAAUUUGAGGGGAAUACACUUGAGACGUGACAUCAAGGAUGAAGAGAGAAAGGCAUUACCACAAGGGGCUCAGAGAAUUGCUUUGGAAUUUCUCGAUUCGAAAGCUUUUAGUAAAGAUUCACGCCACCUGAAAGGAGAACCUGCCUUGAAAAAACGACACCUGGAAAUUCUGGGGUAUCGGGUCAUUCAGAUUCCUCACUUUGAAUGGAAUUCUAUGGUUCUGUCCACAAAACCUAAGCAGCUUGAGUAUCUGAGAAAACGUCUGUAUGAAGCUCAGUGAUACCAAAGAUGUAAUUACAAAGCACAGAGAAUGUGGGUGACAAUGUCAGGGGAGGGUGUGGUGCAGUGAGGAACCUCCAGCUGCUUGCUUUUUCUACCCUGUGAUACAGCAUAUACAAAAGAAGGCUUGAAUCCUUUGGAAUGCCUUCACAAACCUGAAAGGUAAAGUAGCUCCAGAGGUCUGGCAGUCACCCAUUAACACCUGCAGUCCAGUUCAACUUGGAAGGGAUAACUGAGGGAUGAGGAGGAAGUACUGUUUGUGUCAGACACAAGUACCUAUCAGUGACUGGAUAAUUUGUGAAAAUGUUUGUAAUUAUCAGUUGGACCACUCCUUUCUAAUAGUAAUAAAACAAAAUUAAUCUAUAUAAGCUGCCCGUCCUGUAAAUAAGAGUGCACAAAAAAGCAAAAUAAGGCAGAAAACUGAAACCAGAAAUUGAGACUAAGAAAAGUCUUCAGAGAGUCAUAAAUACUACCUUGAUUACCAGUGGUGAAAUUGCUUUAUUUGUGGUGUUUCAAAACUAUCAGCCAGUUACAUUACCAGCUCCCUAUGAUCACGUAGAACUGGGGUUUGGUUGAGAGCUAGAAGAUACUGGAACGUGGAAGGAAAAAGUGGAAUAGCCAAGAGAACGUUAAUUGCAAAGUAAUAAACUGUAGGGUGGUUAUACUAUUGCAGAUCAGCCUAUUUUCAGAAGCAGCCAUGUUUGGCUAUAGUUCCUACUAACUCACAAUGACUGCAAGUUAUGCCCCUGUUUCACAUAUACAACACACCUGCAUUUCUUGUCUUUUUAGAGAAGCAAUAGACAUUCUUUUUACUAUGUGCUUUGAAGCUUGGGCGAAGCAAGCAUCUACAUUUCUGAAUUGACCAUUGUGCACCUUG